AUGGAUGACCAGCCGCGGCUGAUGCACACGCACAGCGGGGUGGGGAUGCCGGGGCACCCGGGCCUGUCCCAGCACAUGCAGGAUGGACCAGGCGGGGCGGAGGGGGAGGCAGGCAGGAAGCAGGACAUCGGAGACAUCUUACAGCAGAUCAUGACCAUCACGGACCAGAGUUUGGACGAAGCGCAGGCCAGGAAACAUGCUUUAAACUGCCACAGGAUGAAGCCAGCCCUCUUUAAUGUCUUGUGUGAAAUCAAAGAAAAAACAGUGCUGAGCAUCCGGGGAGCGCAGGAAGAGGAGCCCACGGACCCCCAGCUGAUGCGGUUAGACAACAUGCUCCUGGCCGAGGGGGUAGCGGGCCCUGAAAAAGGAGGUGGCUCAGCUGCCGCUGCCGCCGCUGCCGCUGCAUCAGGAGGAGCUGGCUCCGACAAUUCGGUGGAGCAUUCCGACUACAGAGCCAAACUCUCCCAGAUCCGGCAGAUCUACCACACGGAGCUGGAGAAGUACGAGCAGGCAUGCAAUGAAUUCACCACCCACGUGAUGAACCUGCUGCGUGAGCAGAGCCGGACCCGACCUAUCUCGCCAAAGGAGAUAGAGCGGAUGGUGAGCAUCAUCCACCGCAAGUUCAGCUCCAUCCAGAUGCAGUUGAAGCAAAGCACGUGUGAAGCCGUCAUGAUCUUGCGCUCCCGAUUUCUGGACGCACGGCGGAAGAGACGAAACUUCAACAAGCAGGCUACGGAAAUCCUGAAUGAGUAUUUCUAUUCCCAUCUCAGCAACCCUUACCCCAGUGAGGAAGCCAAAGAAGAGCUAGCCAAGAAAUGUGGCAUCACAGUCUCACAGGUAUCAAACUGGUUUGGAAAUAAGAGAAUCCGGUACAAGAAGAACAUAGGUAAAUUUCAAGAGGAAGCCAAUAUUUAUGCUGCCAAAACGGCUGUCACGGCUACCAAUGUGUCAGCCCAUGGAAGCCAGGCUAACUCACCCUCAACUCCCAAUUCAGCUGGUUCUUCCAGUUCUUUUAACAUGUCAAACUCUGGAGAUUUGUUCAUGAGCGUGCAGUCUCUCAAUGGGGAUUCUUACCAAGGGGCCCAGGUUGGAGCCAACGUGCAGUCACAGGUGGAUACCCUUCGCCAUGUUAUCAGCCAGACAGGAGGAUACAGUGACGGACUCGCAGCAAGUCAGAUGUAUAGUCCGCAGGGCAUCAGUGCUAAUGGAGGUUGGCAAGACGCUACUACCCCGUCGUCGGUGACCUCCCCCACAGAAGGCCCUGGCAGCGUUCACUCUGAUACCUCCAACUGAUCUCCCAGCAAAUUGCAUCCCUGGCUGAGCCGGCCCCGGCGGGGCGGGAGGGGAGGGGGCCUCUCCUAACACCGCAGCAGUCAGACUGGAGGUGAACCCAAUCAGCACACACAAGAAGACUCCUUCUCUUCUCUUCUCUUCGUCGGGAUGCUUUUUUCAGCCAAUCUGGACACUUCUUUAUACUCUCUUCCCUUUCUUUUCUGGGUAGAAGCCGCUGUCCCCCUCCCUGCCACCGCCACAACACCACUCCCUUCCCCACACCCUUUCCCACCGAAGGAUGUAUCGACAGGUAGAAGGAUUUUAAGGAGGAAAAGCAAAAAUCAACUGCCGCCACACAAAACAACCCCAAAGCAGUGUACGGCCUCGCGCUGGGCAUCUUUCUGAGGAGCCACAAACGUACCUCAGUCGCGUCUCGCUCCUUUACUAGCAGGCAGCCCCCCUUGCCCCCCCUCUCUCACGCUACCUCUCCGUAGGGAAACGCCACCGCCACCGCAGCCCUGCUGCCGCCUCGUCUCCGCCUCCGCCAGCCCUGGCUGCAGCCAGUGCAUCGCCUCCCCCCGCCCAGCCCUGCUUUGGUGAGCUGUCCCUCAGGCGCUGCCGGUGACGGGGCAGGUGGACGCAGCCCCCCCUGCACCUAGGAGAAGGAGCCGGCGUGCUCUCCUUCGCUUCCAAAAGGUACCGGCCCAUUCCCAGCCUCGGGAAACCAAUGACUCUUCCUGGUCCCUGCCCUGCUCCACUGUACAUCCCAAAGCCGGAUGAGCCGUGAAACCCCACCAUCCUCCCUGCCUGCUGUUGAAGAGGAGGAGAGGAGGGAAGGAAAGGAGAGAGAGAUGGACGAGAAACGGCCAUCGCUGAUGACGAAGGCGCUGAGCACCUCGGCAGUGUUGUAGGGGGUCAGGCGUAGGUGAUUGACGGGACCCCGGCAGUUUUCACACAGCACUGAGGGAGGCCGGCAGUGGAGUUUUCUCUGGCCAGGAGAGCAUCACGGGGUGUUGGCUUAUGUUUUCAGGAGCGUGCCGCGCUGCGGCAGAGGAGGAGGUGGGUUCCCCAGUGCCAACAGGACCCACAGAGGUUGGUGGCACCCACUGCUUUCCCAAAGCCCUGCCAGGCAGGCAGCGAGGGACAGGCAGUGGGAUCGCAGGGGCUGGAUGUGGUGGGGUGAGCGUAUCGGGUGCUUUUGGUAACGGUUAAUGCAACAGGUUUGCUUGAGGGUGAAGGCUCUGCAAGACGGGUGGCUGCCCUGCUUGGGGAUGUCUUUCAACUGACGCUGCUGGUUUUAUCCUGGGAGUGGCAUCCCAAGUCGCAGGAGCACUUGUGGGGUUUCUGGUCCGCUUUUCGGACAAGUGGUGAUGGGUGGUAAGCAAGGCUUCAUCCUGCUGAAACACCCCUUCGGGCAGCCGAUGCUGGGAGGACGCGGCUUUUGUUGAAGAGUGGGGUGCGGAGGCACUGGUUUGCCCUGGGCAGCGGGCUGAGCUUCGUGCCAGGGCGGUACUUUCGGCCACCGGUUCUUCCAGCUGAGCCGGCCUGCAGCAAGACCCUGGGUGUCGUGGGGACCGGUGCGGGUGCAGCAUGUCUGGCACCUUGUGAUGGAGCCUAAUACCUCUUGGCCACAUCUCAUGCUCUUGCACGUCCAUCCCCACCCUGCCCGUGCCGGUGCCAGCCUUAUUGAGAUGGGAACUGCCAGCGCAGAGCAGCAUUAAGCAGGAAGUGUUUAAAAUUAAAGCUCUGCCAGAAAAAUUUCCACCCUUUUGCUGGAAAAAGGACGUGCCCGUGGCUCCAACAUGCUGUCACCUCGCAGCACGGGGCCAGCAGCGUAGCUUGCCUGAAGUGGAGGUGAAGCCUGCCUUUCCCUGGGGAACAAGCCCAGAAGGCUCCAAAACACCUGCUCUGAAAUUUGUGACCUUCCCCCUAAUAUCAAAAGUCCCAAUUCAGUGGAUUUUCUGUUUCUGAGCUGGUGGGAUCAGAGCAGGACGUGAAAAGUGGACAAGAAAUGGCACAAGCUGCUCCUUGCUUAGUUCUUGGGUUUCGAGUGGUGAGACACGUUCUGCUCCUCCUUUCGCAUCCGUGCCUGGGGCUGGGGACCGUGCUGCAAGGGCGUGAUGCGAUGUGCGAGGUCUAGGGCUGCCUCCCAGCUGGGAAUACGUUAAGAGCAACAAGAAAGCUGGUUCCUUGCAAGGAUGGUUAGGAGGUGCUGCCCAUCUUCCCUAGCCCUGUACCUGUACCUUCCCGCUCUCCUCCUCCUCCUCCCGUGGCCAUCCCUACUGCACCCUUUUAACCAUUUACAGCUUAUUUUACGUGAAACCGUUCUGGCAAAGCGUUUCAGGGACGCAAGACCGGGCCAGGUCUGUUCUCCGGAGCGGCAGCAGUGCCGUACCUGCGGGAAUGCCACGGUACCUCUUGGAAACCAACCAGGGAUGAGCCGAAACCAGCUGCUGCCCACCGCCGCGGCGUGCCGGGGCUGCCUUCCCCUGCCCUGCAGCCGCUGCCCCUCCUGCCCGCACCCCCUGCCCGGGCAGGGCACUCGCUCCUCCACGGUACUUUGCAGAUCACCUCCUGGGUUCCCCGGUUGGUCCCUCCGGUUCAUGUUGGCAUAGCUGCUCGCUUGCCUUUUUCUUUGCUUUUUAUUUUUGGGUUUUGUUUCUCCUCCCCUUUCCGCCUCCCCCCCCCCGCCAACCCCGAGUGUUGUGGGUUUUUUUCUUCUUUUCUUUUUUUUUCUUAAUUAUUUUUUUUCUGCCCAGAAAAACCUGACUUCGAUACCAAAAAAACAAAACAAAAAAACAAAAAACAAACAAAAAAACCUGCAGAAACUCAAAAAAAAUAAAAACAAAAAAAAUCACAAAAAAAACUCGACGAUUCUUUCAGCUUUAUUAACAUUUUCCAUUGUUUCUUGCGAUUUGUGUCUCGUUCUUUGUAGUAUUGAUGAUAACGAACAUUUGAUAAUGAAUGUUCUUGUAUAUUCAGAUAAAGGAAAAAAAAAAACCAAAAACGCAGUCGGAAUUUAAUAGUGUUUAUAAUAAAAGAAUAAAAAAUGACCCUCUUAGCACGCAAAAUUGAACAGGGGGAAGGUCCCAUCCCUGUUCUUUCUGUGGCAACAAGCGCUUCAUUCCUGUAUAGUUUAUAACAUCAAACUACCUACAUUCAUCUUUUUCUUUUUGUUUGUUUGCUUUUCCCAUGGUUUGGGUUUUUUUUCCAUUUUCUCGCAUUUGUGAAUUAGUUCAAGAAUGCUAGAAAAGUGUAGAGUUGUGCACAUUCAUUUCUUCUUACACAAUGUUUAAAAAGUGACGGUAAUUCAUUUUGUAAAACUUUAAAAAGGAAAAAAAAAUGGUUGGAAUAGUGAGCAUUAAUAGGUACAGUCUAACACUUUAUGUUUCUUAACGUUGAGACCCAGAAAUUACCUUUUAUUUUAUUUUUUUGGCAUUAUUUGGGAGGGGAGGGGGGGCUUUGGUGAUGAUGCUGAGUUUAUUUUGUCCUGUCCGAGACAACGGCCUUGCCACUUGCCCUGAGCUUGUGAGCUGUGACCCGAGUGAUGUGAAAAGUGAUGGUGGUGGUUUUUUGGGGGGGGUGUGUUUCUCUUCUCCAGGGAGGUCCCCAUUCAUUUUGACACCCAACCCCAGAAGGUCCUUGGGUGGCUGCUCUGGGGCUGAGCAGGGGGAUUAUGUCUCCGGAGAGGGAUGUAAUCCCGAGGGGUGAUGGGGAGGAGAUGCCGAGGGGUGACGGGGAGUCGGGUGCUGAGCCCCUGUGGGUCUCCGUGCCUGGGGGCGAUGCUGAGCUGCCUGGAAGUGCUGAAAGGUCCUGAGUCCUCCCCAAAAUGCAUAAGCAGCAGCGGGCUUCAAUGCCCUUAUGCUCUGCCCCGAACUCCAGCGGCACCCUUGCCCCGAGGGUUCGCUGCAAGAGCCCUGGCUUGGAGGCACCCAUCAGCCCAACCGCAGCUCUUGGCCCAAAAAUGAUGGGUUCGGAGCAAGAAAGGCACCAACCGCUUUUCGACCAUGGACCUUGUUGAGGAUGGGCUCUCACAGCCUGGCCCCAAGCCCCGGCUGCGCAGGGGCGCUGGGAAGGAUGAGGGACAAGGGAGGGGAUGUGGCAGCCCCCCAGCCAGGGUGGGACACCACCAAAAUGCCCCCAAAUACAGCCCAAAAUCUUGGUGGCUCCAGAGAAGCACUGAGGAAGAUGCCGGUUGGCAUUGCUUUAGUUUGCUCUUAAAACAGUUUCCCUCCUCUACAACACCCCCCCUCCCCAAAAAACCUGAGCUUUUCACAUCACUGAACGGUUUAGGGUUUGGGGUGUUAUUUUUAAUCCCAAGGUUUCCUGGAGUCCUUUUGUUUUCAUACACCUUUAUUAUUAUUAUUAUUAUUAUUAAGACGUAAAUCAGACGUUGCCUGGGGGGUUGGUUUUGUUGGUUUGCUUUUUUUGUUCUUGCAAAGCCCUUUCUGUCCCUUGUAAAGAUGAUCCAGUUGUUCUGAGUUGCUUUUUCUUUUCUAUUUUUUCCCCCCCAUCUUUUUUUUCUCUUCCUAAUGGAUUCCAAAUAUUAAAAGAAAAAAAAGAAAAACCCUAAAAAAAAAAAAAGACACUCUGUUCCGACCUGGUUUUGAAACUUUAAGCUUUUCUGCUUCUGUAAAGAAAAAAAAAAAAAAGGCCUCUGUCUUUCUGAUCCCAAUUGAGACUUUUAUGUUCUAUGACGAUACUAACAAGGUGUAGGUUUUACAGUUUCCUGAUUUGUACUGGUAAUGCAUAUUCCAAAUAAAUAGUUUCUUUUGU